AUGGAACAGGGCAUUAAUGACUUGGUUAAUAGAAACGUAGUGAGUAAGCUAACGAAGGGCAUUGUGGUUGAAGAUAUGGAUUCGUGGGAGGGCCUUGACAUUGAUGAGUCAGACGUGAUGUCCUUCAUCCAGAGAUGCAACUCCAACACAGAAUUCAUUCCCGGCCCUGCCGGCAAUGCACAAGCACUUAUGCUAAACAGAGAAUCGGAGGAACCUAAAAAUACCCAACAAUUGAUGAGGGAAAUCGCUGCUGCAGGUGAUGCCCGAGACUUCAACUCAAAUGCUUGGAAAUGGGCUCGUAGGUUUGUUGAAUACCAUGGUUUAGUUGCUGAAGGGGACAUCAAAAAUUUGAUUCUACUGUCUUCUAGGAAAUCAAUGGAAAAGAUACCUUUAGUUGUGUGUGUGGUCAAAGAAUGUCACUCGAACGGGUUGGGUGACAUAUCCAUAGUUAUUAAGGACCCUUCAACUACAGCAAAGGCAAGCGUCCACAGAAAAGCUGUCAUGGAUCCUGAGUUUGGUUCCCAUAUUGCUGUUGGAGCAUCGUUGAUUUUGAAAAAUGUAUCUUGUUUCGGUCACAACCCAUGGGUGCCUCCUUACUUGAACAUCACUGUUUGCAAUAUUGUGAAGGUUUUUAAGAAUGACAUUAGUCCACCAACUGACCAUGAAGUUGAAGCUUCUAUGCCCGUUGUGCGAAACUACCCAGGAGAAUAUCUUGAUGUUGACGACAUUUUGAAGAAGCUGGUCCCUCCACCUAAAGUUGUUAUAACUGGUUACCAUGAAGACACUUCUGUUGCUGGAUCAUCAAGUCUCCCAUGUUCUAAUGCUACUAUUUCUCUUGGUGCGGACUCACCACAUGGAAAUUAUGAUGCAAAUCCCGAUGGGGCUACAACAUUUGAUGUUGAAUGCCCUGAUGCUUAA